UAUAGUAGCAGAGGUAAAUAUAUAUUACUAAACAGACUAUGACAUCCCCAGGUCCCAACCCUCACCUGUUCAGGUGGAGGAGGCUUGGAGAGAGUAAAACUGCAGACAAGAUGCAUGCGAAGAUAGAUGAUAUCGAUCAAUGGAGGAAGCGCGUGGAGGCUGCUUCAGAGUUUGCUGUUUCGGAAGUCUUCAGCCACAAGAAACCUCAUUCAGGGAAGAAGAGCCGAGUUGAAUCUCUACAAAGCUCUGAGCAGUUAAGAGAUCACGAUGACGCUUAUAGUGAAGCUCAGGCUCUGCUCGCCGAUUGGCUGAACAGCAAGCUGCGUGUGGAGCUGGAGGUGGAGGAGGACGAUGACCUGAGGUGCUCCGGUGAGAGGAGAAGCCCUGAUAGUUCUCCGCCUGCCGCCCUGAACCACAGCAACUUUGAUGAUCUGUAUAACUGCCUGGCGGAGGAGGACGAGCACAGCGCUGUGAACAGCUUCCUCCAGGACCUGAUGGAGCAGGAGCUGUUGGACUCUGAGGUGAUGGAGGAACUGGUGCUGGAUGUUGGACAAACAAGGAAGAAAUGUAGAAACCCAAUCGUCUCCAUGGAAGCUCGACAACUGCAGGUGCGAGAGAACAGAGCGAGGCGGGAGGCCGAGAGGCUGAGGCAACAGAGAGAGGGGCAGGCUCUGCAGGAGUCCAGAGGGGAGGCGAGGAGGAGGGAGCGAGGCGAGGAGGCGAGGAGGAGGCAGCAGGAGGAGAAGCUGCAGCAGGAGAUGGUGAGGCUGCGGCGGCAGAGGGAGGAGCGGAGAGGCCUGGAACAGCUGGUUCGACAGAGAGAAAGGGUGAGGGUGGAAGGGCAGAGGGGAGCCGAGAGCCUCCAGCCUGCUCCUCCACUGCCCACAAAACAGCUGCUGCACGACACAGAGCGGCGGUAUCAAGAAAAGAAAAUUCAAGCCAUGAUUGACAUGCGUAGUCUGAAGGUCGGUACCUGUGCUGUGGGUGGAAGUCUGCACAUGUCUCAUUGUGAUUUACAACCUGUCAUGCUGUGGUUUCAGUGUUUGCAGAGGCAUUUCUCUGGAUGGUAUUCAGUGGUGUUGGACAGAAGGCUGCGGUUAGGGAAGGUCACGGCCCUCUGUGACUGGAAGCGGCAGCUGAGAGCCUGGCGGGCGUGGCGGGCCGUGCUGUGGGCAGGAAAACAUCAGCGAGAGGUGACCAGAACAGAGGAGGAUCUACGAGCUCAAAACAGACAAUGCCAGCAGGCUGUGGAGAGUGACCGCAGGCGGCUGCUUUGGAGAUGUCUGAAUGAUUGGCAGCUCUGGUGUCGGAUGGAGAAGGAAAAACGAGAGCUUUUGGCCCAGCAGCAGGAGACCCGGAGCAAGAUGGCUGCUUUGAUAAAUGCUGCAUCAACAGGCAAACUCAAGGCCAAAGAAAGCCCAACUUUUCAGCCAAUCAUGGAGCCACAAGCUGAACAUAAACAACCGGGGAUCACUGAGGAGGACGGUCACCCCAGGUCAAAAACGUUGGCCCCAGACGUCUCUUCCAUACAUCGAAAUCAGACGCCUGUGGGUGUUGUGGUCCAGCCAGCUCAGCCGUGGCAGGUGACCCGACGCCAUGCAGCACCCUCGGCCUCAGAGCUCCACGGCAGCUUCUCCGGGUCAAAAAGCGCAGCGGCGUCGGGCAGCAGGUUCGAGAACAGACACGCCGUGCAGCAGCAGAUCAUCUCCCAGCAGAGGAGGCUUCUGAAGGAGCAGCAGGAGCAGAUCUCACGGCUGAGGGACGAGCAGAGCGCGGCGGGGCUGGAGCUGGAGAUGGAGAAAACUGCACAGCUCACACAGCUAGUAAUGACAGCAGAAUCCAGACCAAAGAGCAACCACUCUGAGCCCACAGAGCAGAGGACACUGAGGACGGCUGAAGAACCCGCCAGCCUCUCCUCGAAGAAGGCCGUCAGCAGACAGCAGACUCGACCCUGUCAAAUCAUCACGGCCAUGGAGGAGCGUGCACGCCAACGCGAGGAGAGAAGGAAGGACAUCGAGGAACUCAGGCGGAAAAAGGAGGAUGACAAACUGGCUGAGAUGAAAGCCGCCGAGCAACAGAGGCAGCGGGAGGAGGAGGAGGAGAAACGGCACGCAGCGGAGAGGAAGAGGGACGAGAGAAGACAGGAACGAGAGAGGGAAGAGGAGAAACAGAGGCAGCUGAAAAGGCAACAGGAGCUCCUCUCUAUCGCCCGUCAACACUAUCUCAAAAACCUGCUGCUGCGGCGAGGCCUGGCGCCAUGGAAACGCUUCAUUCAGCUCCAACGGGCCAACAUAAAGCUGGCCGACACUCAUCACAAUCUCUCCCUCCUGAGGCGGAGCACACUGUGCUGGCAGCAAUCAGCAAAAGAGUCCUCGUCUCAGAAAGGAGCUCGCGCUGACCGACUGCAACGGCACUUUCUGCUUCGGAGGAGCUUAAGUCGCUGGAAAAGAGUGUGUAUUUUUACACACACACACGCACACAGUUAUUCAAUCAGGAUUGCAGCUUCCCCACCUUCUGCCGGUGAUUUAGAGUAUCACCUUUUCCUAAUCUCCUCUUCCCGCUCAAUCACUCAAUCAUGCUUUAAAGAGCCUGGGCUUUUAAAAAAAGCGUGGUGUGUGUUUCAGCUGAUGGACUGGAGGAUGAUCCAGGAGGAGAGAGCCGAGCGUUUCCACCGCGCUCGCACUCAGAGGAGGUUUCUGCUGGCGCUGCUGGACCAUGUGACUCAGGAGAGGCUGCUGCAGCGGGACCGUCAGGAGCACAACGACAGACGGGUUCUGCGGAGAUGUUUGCAGGCCUGGAGGCAGCUUCCCUGUCUGCAGCGCAGGGAGAGGCUGAGGGAGGAGAGGCGGGAGAAGCUGGGACGAAGAGUGGCUGCCAUCUUGCCCGACUUCUGCUCACAUCCACCGUGAAGCCUCCGGGAGAAACACACGCUAAGAAGAUCCAUUCACACAUCCUCAAAGCCCUGGAGCGGAAACACAGUCUGCACCGUCCUCACGUUCAUUUAAUACAAAUCAAAUGUAGCUGGACCCAUAGGACUUUUGGAGGAAACGGCUCUUAUAAAAGCAGCGAUAGUGGAAACUUCUCAAGGUGACAUUCAUGUGCUUUAUUCACUUUUUUCAUAUUCCCAGAGCUGUUCCAUUCAGGAGGUUGAACCAGCUUGAUAUAAAAAGUAGCUGCUCAUAUAUUUAUAACUAACCGAUCAAUCAUUGUGAUUAAUGCAAGCUGUAAAACUUUAAUCAGCCUGAUGAGCUGCUGAGAUGUUUAAUUCAUCCGCGACAAAUGUCCAAGUCCGAGUGAGGCUGAUAAAUGUUUUUGUGAAGAGUUCCUGGAGGAAAAGAACGUCCAGUCUGUUUUUGUGCGGGACUCGUCGUCAUUGUGCUGCUGCCGAGAAAACGCCUCCACGAGAAGCAGGACACAUUACUCAGUCUCGUUUUUGUCCGUCUCCCAGCAAGGAACUAGAGUGUAGAGGAGACAUAGAGACAAUAUUGAAGUCCUGGGAUGACAGGCGGUGUGCAGGAAUGCUUUUUAUCUUAUUUGGCAGAGAGGCGGAUGACAGGUGUAAAGGUCAAACAGCUGCAUGGAGGAGAUACCAGCUGUGAGUGACACGACGGGAAGAGAAUGUAUGCUUUGUUGAAAUGCGAUAACUGCAGUGAGAAGAUAUCAGAAGUGAAAGAAGCCAUGCUGCCAUCCAGUGGGCGUGAACAAGAACUUCAAAUCAGCGUCUCUUACACCAGGUCUGUGGGGAGGGGGGUUGGGGGUUUCAGUUUUUCUCCCAUGCUCAUGAACUCAGCCCAGUUUUCACGGAAACCUCGAGAGUAGACCCCGGUGUCCACGACGAGCCCCCAGUAGGAGCUGCGAGCGGUCUUCUCCCUCAGGGCCAGGCGGGCCUCGCGCUCCGUCACGUUGAAGCUGAUGUUGGUGAUCUGCACCAGCAGCAGGUGGAGCAGCCCGCAGGACACUAUGCUGCUGUACCACGCACAGGUGAAGCACAGCGCAGCGCUGGAACACAGACAAGAGACCAGAGGGUCAAUACAUAUGGGUCAGUGCUCAUGGUGUGCAGAGGACAAUAUGUAAUAUGACUUUACAUUGAAUUUAGCUGACACUUUUAUCCAGAGCAACUUUCAAAAAGUGCAUUCAACUCAAAAGCAUGAAUCCUGCAGGUACAUUUCCUAUCUAUAAACCCAACCAGUUUAAGUGCUACUGCAUUAGCUUAAGUGCUGCCGACAGAAGAUUA